GUGGAAAAGUAGAUCAUCGGAUGCUCGUACAACGGUCGGCACUCUGCUCCUCCAAAUCUCAACAUAAAAUUAUACUUUCAAUUUAUUAUAUCACUUUCUUUUUUAAAAAAAAUUAUUAAUAUUCCACUUCCAGCCUUCUUCUCCGUCGCUGUUGACCGUCGAUCCCCUUCCUCCAUGAAUACCACAUCCUUCUACUACAGCACCACCACCUCUUUCUCCCACUCUUUUCACAAUGACCAUUCUACCCCUCCCAAUUCCACCGCAAUCCUCAUCCAACCUCAUCCUCCUCCCCUCCAAUCCUCCGCCGCCGCCAAGAUCCAAGCCGCCUACCGAUCUCACCGGAUCCGCAAUCUCUUCAAAACAAUCGUAGCUGUCGACAGAGAAGCCGAUCAGAUCCAGUCUCUAAUCCAACGCCAGGAGACGGUCGACGCCGUCAGGAGCAACGAACUCGAGAAGCUGAAGAUGAACGAAGCCUUGAUGAGUCUUCUUCUGAGGCUGGACUCGGUGCCGGGAAUUGAUCUGGCGGUGAGGGAGGCAAGGAGGAAGGUCAGCCGUCGGAUCGUCGGCCUGCAGGAGAUCUUGGACGCCGUGUCGGAGGCGAAGGUGGACUUCAAUGGAUGGGACUGCGACGGAUUUGUGAGGAAUUGGGACGAGACGGUGGCGGAGAUGGAGGCGGAGGUUUGCCGGGAGAGAGGCGGCGAUGAAAUGGAGAGGUUCUGUGCUCAGUACUUAGGGUUCCGUUGCUUCCGGAGGUUUCUUAGUGGGUCCUGAUCUGCCGUGGAGUUGCGUAUAGUUGUUUUGAACGUGUAUAAUAAGGUUUAGACACGUGUUUUAUUUGUAUUAUUAUUUUAUUUUGGUAACUUAAGGAUUUGUAAAAUGUGUGUAUUAUAAAUUACAAAGUAGAGGAAGGAAGUUAAAUUAGUAUGAUAUAUAAUCUAGUGGAACAACUGAAUGUGUUAUCAAAUAUUUUAGUGGUUAAAUUAUAGAGCUUAUUGUGAGUUUCUAGUCCACUUGGAACUAUAAAGGGGUGUACA